AACAUUUGAGCGACGAAAAAGAUGUUCAGAAUAUUGAAAAUUUAGAUACCGGAAAUUAUAAAAACGACGAAUACUGUAGAACUGAAUCCGAAUGUAACGAUUUGCAACCCGACAGCAAUGUAUCUGUUCUUGAUAACGAAUCCUCCGAAAUGACAACUAUAAAUACUAAUACUGAAUUAAGUAUCAUAGAUAUUCAAGCAGUUCAGAAUCAAAUGCGCAAUCUAAGCAUCGGCUUUAACCUCAAAUGGUUGGACGUAAACGUAUUGCCGAGAAAGACUGUUUUUGAAAUUCAGCAUGAUGUACAGCAAAAAAUACUGAAGCCAUUUCAGGAAGUUGUGGAAACAAUGCAGAUUGCUGGUCUGCUUUCGGUUGAAGGUAAAAAAAUAUUUGAAAAAAUGUUCGAAAUGUUUGACGGAGCUGAUACAGAAUACAAGUUUAUGCAAAGUUUAAAAUCAACUGGUUUGUAUGCCGACCCAAGAGAGUACGUUAUAAGCAAUGAGUUACGCCCAGGAGUUAUCAACAACGAACAAGGAAUGGAUAACGAUCCUAUUACUGGAAUCCUAAUGCCGAUAAAAUUUCAACUUAAAAAAUACUUGGAAUCCCCGAUGGUGUUUGAGACAAUUCUCGGAAAUUUGAAUCCUUCACCAGAUGGUUAUAUUCGUAGCCUCAUUGAUGGUAUCGUUUGGCAACAGAAAGUGGCAGGACAUUCAUCGAACAUUGUCAUACCUUUGAAUUUGUUCUUCGACGAUUUUACAACCAAGGACACGGCUUCCCCACAUGCAUCGAGGACUUCUGUAUUAGGUGUAUAUUACUAUAUACCAUGUUUGCCUGGAUAUAUUUUGGCCAAGCUGGCAAACAUUUUGGUUGCAGGAUACAUUCUAUCAGAAGACAGAAAAGAAUACGAAAAUGAAGAACUGUUCAGUAACCUAGUUGAGGUUCUGAUCGAUUUAGAGUUAAAUGGUGUAAAUAUUACUCAUAAUGGUGCUAAUGUAACAGUACAUUUUAUGGUAGGAUUUAUAACAGGCGAUAAUCUAGGAAUCUCAGGCAUUUUGGAUUUGGUUGAAUCGGCAAGAGCAAAUUUUUAUUGUAGACUUUGCAAACGUAAUCGCGAGCAGCGAGAGAAGGAUACUGUGGAAUACGAAGAAAGUUUCAGAACAAUAGAUGGCUACGACCAAGAUUUAAGACAAAAUGAUGUUUCAUCCACCGGUAUUCAUAAGAACAGUAUUUUUAAUAGCAUUCCAUCAUACCACGUCGUCUCAAACGUUUAUUUUGACUUAAUGCACGACCUAUGGGAAGGCGUUUGUAUGUACGGUCUUGCCCAUUGUCUGAACUAUUUUAUCAAAGUAAAAAGAUGUUUAGCCUUACUGAAGUAA